AUGGCCAAGUUCUUAUCUUCGCUUGAGAACCACGCCUUCGCAAAAGCUAUGAUGGCGAAAGCCACGAGGACGCUCAGGGGGGUUGUUGAGACUUCGUGGUUGGCCCCCACCGGAAAGCUUACCGGCGUCGCAAUCCAGGAGGCUCUUGAUACAAGCAGAUCCUGGUCCGCAUCUUGCCAAACGCAAACAGUUACGACCUGUCAAUUUGAAGGCCACCACCCCCGAGUUCGGAAUGCGCCCAAGAUUCUAGAAGCCAUGACCGCUGUCGACUCCUAUUGCGCGUAG